UUUUUAACAAAAAAAAAAUAAAGAAAUCUAGUAUAUAUACUCAUAUUUAGUGUUUUUGGGCGUUAAAAUUUUUCUUUUACUUGCUUUAGGCUUCAGCGGCACUGAUCUCCGCCUCCGUACGACAGUAACCCCAUUCAAACCGCCAACGUUUCCUCCAUUAUUUUACUUCUUCACAGCCAAAUAAAAUUCAUAGCGGCUGUCUGAUUCACCGGGAGUGACGCCGCCAUGCCUUGAAGCGCCGAUUUAACUCCGUAAUCAUCAGCCAUAACUCACACCCCCAAACUGCUUGUACAAUUUAGUUCGUUCGAGAUUCUCCGACGGGGUCCUGUUCGAGUCCAGUUCGUGUAAUCAGCUAUGGAGGGUCAAACAUUCAUCUUUCUGAUUUGUAUUACUCCAUUUCUUCUUGAAAGAAGUCUUGCUGGUAUUUUUGAUGUAACGCGUUAUGGCGCUUCUGGAGAUGGAGUGCACGAUGACACUCAAGCAUUCAAACAAGCUUGGAGAGCUGCGUGUAGUGAUGAAAAUCCAUCAAUACUUAUACCAAGUGGAAGAUCAUUUCUAGUAGGUCCCAUUACAUUCCAAGGGCCUUGUAAGUCCACCAAUAUUCAUCUACAAUUAUCAGGAUCCAUUGUAGCACCCAAGGAUCCAAAGGCAUGGACAGGUUGUGAAAAUGUAUGUUGGAUUUAUUUUACAGGAGUUGCUGGUCUUUUUAUCAAUGGUUCUGGUACUAUUAAUGGCAAUGGGCAGCGAUGGUGGAAUACUCCAAGCCGUACCAGGGUGAAUGGGACUUGCACUAAGCCAACGGUUGUCCAAUUUAAUUACUGUAAUGGACUUCGAUUAAAUGGAAUAAAGCUAGUGAAUAGUUCGAGGGACCAUAUAAUUCUCACUUACAGCAAGGGAGUAACCAUCUCAAAUAUUCAUAUAAGUGCACCAAAGUAUAGUCGCAAUACUGAUGGUAUCGAUAUCUUUUUCUCUAGCCAGCUUCAAAUUCAAGACUCCAUUAUUCAAACAGGUGAUGACUGCAUCGGCAUAAAUACUGGGUGCUCUGAUAUCAAUAUUACUGGUAUUACAUGUGGACCAGGCCACGGUAUAAGUAUCGGAAGUUUAGGUCCAAAUAACACAUUUGCUAAUGUGGAAAACGUCUACGUAACAAAUUGCCACCUAGAGGAAACCCAAAACGGUGUUAGAAUUAAGUCAUGGCAGGGUGGUUCUGGAUAUGCUAGGUCUAUACAUUUUGAGAACAUUAACCUCAAAAAUGUGGAAAAUCCAAUCAUUAUUGAUCAGAAUUAUUGCAAUGGUGGUCAUUCAUGUCAACCUCAGAUAAGCGCAGUCAAAGUGAGCAAUAUAACAUACAAGAAAAUAUUUGGAACUACAAGCAGUAAGCUAGCAAUAAAUAUGAAUUGCAGUAAUAGCACGGCUUGCACCAAUGUUGAGUUGGAGAAUAUCUACAUAACUCCAGUUGUGUCUGGAGAAAAGAUUUUUGCUCUUUGUAAUAAUGUCAAAGGAAAAGCCUCUUCAAACUCACCUCCUGUAUCUUGCUUGUCACAAGAAUAAUUAUAUACAGAACAUAUUCCAUUCA